AUGGCGUUCGGAGCUCCAAGAGGUAGAGGUGGUGUACCAAGAGGUGGUAGAGGUGGAUCAAGAGGUGGUAGAGGUGGUUUUUCAGGUAGAGGAGGUAGAGGUGGUUUUUCAGGUAGAGGUGGUAGAGGUGAUUCAAGAGGUGAAGGAAGAGGUGGUUCAAGAGGUGGUCCAAGAGGCGGUGCUCGUGGUGGUAGAGGAGGUGGCAGAGGAGGUGCUAAAGUUGUUAUUGAACCACAUAGACAUGCUGGUGUUUUCAUUGCUAGAGGUAAAGAAGAUUUAUUAGUUACAAGAAAUAUUGCACCAGGAGAAUCAGUUUAUGGUGAAAAAAGAAUAUCGGUUGAAGAACCUUCAAAAGAAGAAGGUCAACCAGCUACUAAAAUAGAAUAUAGAGUUUGGAAUCCAUUUAGAUCAAAAUUAGCUGCUGGUAUCAUGGGUGGUAUUGAUGAAUUAGGUAUUGCACCAGGUAAAAAAGUUUUAUAUUUAGGUGCUGCUUCAGGUACUUCAGUUUCUCAUGUUGCUGAUGUUGUUGGACCAGAAGGUUUAGUUUAUGCUGUUGAAUUUUCUCAUAGACCAGGUAGAGAAUUAAUUGGUAUGGCUAAAAAAAGACCAAAUGUUAUUCCAAUUAUUGAUGAUGCAAGACAUCCACAAAAAUAUAGAAUGUUAUUAGGUAUGGUUGAUUGUGUAUUUGCUGAUGUUGCACAACCAGAUCAAGCUAGAAUCAUUGCAUUAAAUUCACAUUUAUUUUUAAAAGAUGGUGGUAUAGUAGUUAUAUCUAUUAAAGCAAAUUGUAUUGAUUCAACAGUUGAUGCAGAAACCGUUUUUGCAAGAGAAGUUCAAAAAUUAAGAGAAGAAAGAAUUAAACCAUUGGAACAAUUAACCUUAGAACCUUAUGAAAGAGAUCAUUGUAUUGUUGUUGGUAGAUAUAUGCGAAGCGGUAUAAAGAAAUAG